CAUAGAAGUGGAGACAAUGAAUUAAAUAACUUGUAAUAACCACCAAAACUCUCUCUAAAAACAUUAAUAGUGCCACUCUACCUUCCCUUCCCUCCAUUAAAUUUUCCACCAUUUUAUUUUAUGCACAUUUUUUGGCUUUUCUGAUUUGCAGGAACCCUCACUUUUUUAUUCUCUUCAUUCUAAUUCACACCAAUUAACCCGCUUCCCUUCUUUUUGCAUUCUUUACGCAUUGCACCCUUACGUCAGAUCUCUCUCAUUAUUGCUCCACUUGCCGUUUGACUACUCUAUCUAAUCCCAUCCAUAAUUUACUAUUUCAUCUUCAUUUUGUUUUCAAAGAUCUGAUACAAUUUUGGUAUUCUCCUAUUAAUUUCUGACUCUGGGUCUUUUUAAUUUUGAAAUUUGGUUAUGGGUUGGAGAUAUAAAGCUGGUUUGUUCUUGAUUGCUGCUGUUGUUAUUAUAUGGGUCACCUCUGCUGAAGUUACCCAGGGUAUUUUCACUGACUACAAACAACCAUUUGCGGUGACAUUUCUUGGAGCUUCGUUGAUGGUGGUUUACCUUCCAAUAGCAUUUUUUAAGGACUGGAUAUAUAGGAUACUAAAGCGUCGUUCUUCUAAUAGUGGUAUUGAUGCAGGCAGCCUAGAUGAGAUUUCUGAUGGAUUAAACUCUCCUCUGAGUCGGAAAUUUUUUGAGAUGGAACUUCAGGGAACUUUGACUAGAAAAGACAGUGAAGCUGACCUUUCGGCUGGAGAAGAGGGGAAGGCUUUGGUUCCGAGACACAAAGAUGACUUAAAUGUGCUGAAACAUGUCAAAGAGGUCACAACUAGACAAAUUGCCAUGUAUGGGUUUUAUAUAGCCCCAAUCUGGUUUGUAACAGAGUAUUUUUCAAAUGCCGCACUCGCAAAUACAAGUGUUGCAAGUACAACAGUUUUGUCAUCAACAUCGGGACUUUUUACCCUCUUCAUUGGGGUGAUUUUGGGUCAAGAUACCUUAAAUGCUGCGAAAGUAGCAGCUGUCUUUGUAAGCAUGGCUGGUGUUGUCAUGACUACUCUGGGCAAAACUUGGGCUGCAGAUGAUGCUCAACUAAGCUCUUCAGUCAACGAUAAGCGCUCUCUUAUUGGAGAUCUUUUUGGCCUUCUCUCAGCAGUGUCAUAUGGACUAUUUACAGUGCUUCUUAAAAAGUUUGCUGGCGAGGAUGGAGAAAAUGUUGACGUUCAAAAGCUGUUCGGAUAUAUAGGCCUGUUCACGCUUGUAGCUCUAUGGUGGCUCAUAUGGCCAUUGACCGCGUUGGGAAUAGAACCGAAGUUUACAAUUCCCCACUCAGCUAAAUUGGAUGAAGUUGUUUUAGCAAAUGGCUUUAUCGGAAGUGUCCUCUCUGAUUAUUUUUGGGCAUUAUGUGUUGUAUGGACAACUCCACUGGUGGCCACCUUGGGAAUGUCACUCACCAUUCCCCUAGCUAUGUUAGCUGAUAUGGUAAUUCAUGGUCGUCACUAUUCAGCAAUUUACAUUCUCGGCUCUGCUCAGGUUUUUGCAGGAUUCGUGAUAGCUAAUCUUUCAGAUUGGUUCUCAAGGAAGUUGGGAUUAUAGCAUUGACAAAAAUCAUAGAUUCUUUAUGGGGCAGAUCUCCAACAUUUUGACAUUGAAACCACAUUGAUUUGAUGAUUUAUCAACACGGGUUUUUAUCUGUAGAGAAAUGAUAAGCUGUUAUUGUAUUGUGUAAAUGAGAGCUAGAGAGGUUCGUAAUUGUAAUACUGAAACGGUUUGGCCAAGCUUCUGUGUGGAGUCCAAAUUGUAAGAAAAUUGUUUUCAACCCAAAGGAAAGAAAAUUAUUUUCUCUUGUUUGUGGAA